CAAAUAUUAGAAGGAAGAAGUUGGAACUGUUUUCCCGCUUGCCCUAGCUCUCCUCGGCAGAGUCUCUCUCUCUCUAUCUUCAUGUCCUUGAUUAAGCCCAUGGCGACCUUCUGAAAACUGCCUUUCAGGUCCAUCCACCAUUGACGACGGGAAAGUUUGCAGAGAUGUUUGGGCAAACCGGCGCUUCUGCUCCGGCCUUUGGCUUUGGAGGAGCAAUACCUUCGACCCCUUCUUUCACGACGCCAAAUGCCCCUGCUUUUGGGUCUUCAUUGUUCUCUACACCUGCAACUGCAGCUACUAAUGCUUCUCCAUUUCAAAUGUCUCAGCAACCAUCCCCAUUUUCUCAGCCUCAGCUGACUACACAAAUGGCGCCCAUUUCUCCCCUUCCAUUUUCCAUGGCUGAUAGAGAUAUCCAGGGAAUUGUGGAUGCUUACAAAGAUGAGCCUGGAAACCCUAAAUAUGCUUUCAAGCAUUUGUUAUUCAGUGUGACUGAUCCAUCUAUGAGAGUGAAGCCUGUCGGGAUAUCAGAUAUCAUGUGGGCAGAGGCGAUGGCCAAGCUAGAGGGGAUGGAGAGUUCUGAUCGUGAAAGGCUGUGGCCUCAACUUGUGCAAGGUUUCAAGGAUCUCUCUCAGAGACUUAAACUUCAAGAUGAAGCUUUGGUAUCUGAUGUUGAAAGGCUUCGCACAACUCAAACUAAUGUGAAAUUGCUUGAGCGGCAUUUUCAAGUCGACACUCUUCCUUGGAUUCAGAGAAUGAGGCAGAAAGAGCAAGGGCUACAAAGGCGUCUCUUGAGGGUUAUGCGAAUUGUGGAGGCCUUGGAGGGUAAGGGGUUUAGGGUGCCACUAAUGAAAAACGAAGCCCAGUUGGCAGAAAAAUUAGCUGGAUUGGUUAAACAGUUAAAAGGAGCAGGUGCCGAAUUGCCUAGAAGGGUUCAUAAUUUGCUUGCAGUAUCUCGCAUGCAAGAGAAUGGCAUGACUGGUGCUUCUGUUUCUGUUUAUCUACCCAGUUCUGCAAAAAUACAGGAGCAGAGCCAAGCCGAUAUGCAGGAGGUUUUGCAGCAGCAAACAGAAGCAAUUGCAAGGCUGGGGAAUGUGUUGAAAAGGGAUAUGAGGAAUAUGGAGAUCAUCAUGUCUGAAGACACCAAAAUGGAGGAAGAAGCUUCACAGAGUUAAUGGAGUUGAUUUGAGUGUUGUUUCUAUUUUGGUUUGCCUUGCCCAUUUGUGGUGGUUGAGGGGUAACACUUUCUUUACCUUUUCCCUGUCUCAACAAGAAAAGGGGGGAAUGAGAACACGUUUUAGCAAUAUAGUUCGCUAGUAAUGUGUAAUUUUUCAGCCAAAAUCUUUUUUUCAUGCUGCUUUUCAAUUUAGUCUGGUUCAUCAACUUUCUACCAUGAAGUUUCUGAUGAUGGUAGGAGUAUGGGGUUGGAAUUUAAAAUGCUUCCUGCAGGUUUACUAGCAGAAGAGGGGAAUUGGCUAGGUGUCAUGGUGGCUUAUAAAAACAAUGGAUAAAAAAUAAGGAUUGUAUAUCUUGAGACUACCUGUGUUUACUACAAGGGCAUAAUUAUUCUUAGCCAAUAGACUUUAAAUUGGAUAAGCUUGGGGUAUGUCAUGAAAUUCAAAGACACUCAAUUGCCCAAUUUGAAAUUUGACAAAAAUGGAGUACAAAUAUUUAUAUUUUCAAAGUA